CGAUAAUCGGAGAAAACCUCCAUAGCCGUCGUCACCGCCGUCCUUCUCUUUGACCGACUCUACUAUCUUCCCUUCUCCGGUUCCAAUUACGCGCCCGAUGCGACCGCCUCGACGUUUCCCUCUUCCGUUCAACGAUCAAACUAAAUUGCCUCUUCGAUCACCUAUCAACCGAAGCGAAAUGCAAAAAAUCGACCUUUAGCGUACGACGAUAUCACCUUUCGGGAACCUGCAAUGUUUAAUAAUAAAGUUAAACAGUACUCGAGGAUGUUCUACGUGAUAUGGAGCAGUCACCAAUGAAUCAGUCCGUUUGACGUUUCCAGCGAGAACGAGUUACGAGUAAAGAAUAAGUAAAGUAUUUUACAUUUUUACAAUACCUUUCGCACAACAAAAUGAAUAGACUCUUCGGCCGAGCCAAACCUAAGGAACCCGCACCGAGCAUCACCGACUGCAUCGCUGGGGUUGACAGUAGGGCAGACUCUGCGGAGAAAAAGAUAGCUAAAUUAGAUGCGGAGUUAAAGAAGUAUAAGGAUCAAAUGGUUAAAAUGAGAGAAGGCCCUGCGAAGAACGCGGUGAAGGCUAAAGCCUUACGCGUUUUGAAGCAGCGAAAAAUGUACGAAGCACAAGUAGAUAACUUGCGUCAACAAGCAUUUAAUAUGGAACAAGCUAAUUAUGCUACUCAGACGUUAAAAGAUACUCAGACAACCGUGGUUGCUAUGAAGGAGGGUGUUAAACAGAUGCAGAAAGAAUUUAAGAAUAUUAAUAUAGAUAAGAUAGAGGAUCUUCAAGAUGAUUUGGCCGACAUGCUGGAACAAGCCGACGAAGUCCAAGAAGCGAUGGGUCGCAGUUACGGCAUGCCAGAAAUCGACGAGGAUGAAUUAGCUGCCGAGUUAGAAGCUCUCGGCGAUGAUUUAGCCAUUGACGAAGAUACGAGUUACUUGGAUGAUGCUAUCAAAGCUCCGAACGCCCCUGAUAAAGAACCUGGCGCUAGCUCGGUUAGAAAUAAGGAUGGUGUCUUAGUCGACGAAUUUGGCUUGCCGCAAAUACCAGCUAGUUAAAACAUCCAUGAAGAGAAACGACCGUGUUUGUGGAUAUAUAAAUACCCAAAGAAGUUCGGUCCACGAGACUUUGCAAAGCUUUUCGAAAUGCUAUGUUCGUAGAUACUUUUCGAAGCAACCAACAAAAUUUUUCAAACCAGUCAUAUAUUUAUGCAAAUUGCGGGUCUCUCAAUGGCUAAUGCAAUAAUUCAUUGUUGCCGAUAGAUGUACUAUUUUUAUUCCGUUUUGUUUAAGUUGUUAAUGUAUAUAUCGGAUUAAUAAAUAAAUUUGUAUAAUUUAGAGUUUACUAACAAUCGCGAGGUUAAAUAAUUUGUAAUCGUGAGAUUUUCGGUCCUAUCUGAUUCUGCAAUUCUGUAUAUUGAGCAAUUAAGUUUAACACGAUCUCUUGGCUAUCGACAAAAUGUGCUUCUUCGAAACCACGUACUUGCGUGUAGUGAUAUACGUGUGCCUGCAAAAUAAUCAUACCGUUCAAAUAAAUAUUAUGAUAUACAUAUUUACACGCAA